AGUAAUCGCGUUAUUUUUUCCAACAGAAGAAUAAAUAUAGAUUUGAUAUGACAAUCAAUAACAAGAAUAGAGCUUAUCACUGAUCAUUUAUUGAUACGUCUACCCUAGUUCAUUGCUACAUUCAUCCUAGCUAACAUAAUUUAUUCUCAAUAAUCCAGAUAAUAUCAGAUCGUCGCUCCGAGAGUGAUUCAGGGUCUCGGUUGAUCUCGCGCGCGAAAAUUGAUCUCGGGGUCUCUAAUUCAACUGGCGAGAGAUAAAUCAGCGUAUGAGGAUGGGAGGGAAUGAAGGAAGAAAAGAUCUCGCUUCUUCUCGCGAAUAAUUUCGCGAAUAUCCGCGAAUGAAAAAGUCCAACACGCGUCACGACUGACAGCUACCAAUCAUGAAUAUAUAUCGAUCUCUCGAUAGAGAGAUUUUAGGUGGAAAAUCCGCGCGCGUCGCGAAACGCCACCUCGAGCAAAUCGCAAGGUAGUAUUGACGAGGGAUCACCGAGGACAUUCUGUCGAAAGCAACCGCACGUGACUCUGUCUUGUAACUGCCAUUGGCCGAUUCGCAUUAUAGACGACGUGGCCGGUCGAUAGACAUCCUCAGGAAUUCUUCGUCCAAGCAUAAGAGACGCUGGUGAACAGCUGUUGACCAGCGUCGACUCGAGUUCGGCCGAGUUGUUUCGUCUUCGAGUUAUCGCGCGAAUUUUCCUUCCCUCUCUCGUUUCGCGAAAUCUGGCGGGAUCGAUGAGCAGCGCCAAAAUGUUGGAACCGGAAGUAGGAGCCACGACCGUCAAUCUGCGACGAGGCAGCAGUUUGAGGAUACCGUCGACGAGCGACCCUAGCGAAGAGAGCGAGGUGAGCCUGUGUCGCGGUGGUUCCCUGAAGAUUUCACGAACGAGCGAAAGCUCCGAUCGCCACGUCGUCGCCCGGGACCGGUCACGCCUGACGAAUGCGGAGUCGUCGCCGUCGUCGGCGUCCACGUCGUCGUCGUCGUCGUCGGUCGCGUCGGAUAAAUGCGCGGGCUGCGACGUCAACAGCAGAUCGUCCCGGUCCGCCAGGCGUUACGCACCUGCGAGCGACGCACCUGCGCCGGAGUAUCUCGCCAGGAGCCUCCUGCAGCUCGGAUGUCCUGCCGUGUCGAUGCCAACACCUCGUGGCGGAAUAGGAUCGGAGCAGCCGCCGAGUAGUGACAGCGAUGAUUACGGCACCGCCCAUCAACAGGGCGCAGGUGGUUAUGGACAAAAUUUGGACGUUUACACCGUGCCCAAAGUCCAGGUGUCGGGCCCACCUAACGCCGAUGAAUCCACUUCCGUCAUCAAUGGGUCUGCGGGGUCCAUAGGCGCACGGUCGGCACCCAGCACACCCUUACAAGCUGUCCCCGAUGUGCCGCAGGCCGCGGGCCAGCAAUCGAUCAGCGGGUCCCAGCUCACUGUGGCCGGCGCCAGCAGCUACCCUCAGCCUCCUAGGAGCCCAAGUCACGCGGCCUUGCGAUGUAACGAGAGUCACCUUUCGAAGCCGUUGAGUAGGAGUACACCAUCGAUGGCAGCUGGCGGCGCGCAGACUCCAGCAAAGGUUAGCAGAUCCUCGUCGAGGUCGUCGCCGACGUCCACUAGCAGUGCGAGACAGAAGAAAUUCCAUAGGCAUUUCAGUCAGGUGGCGGAGGACGAGCGAGUGCUGAAUUAUUACAGCUGCGCCCUGGUGGGCGACAUCCUGCUGCAGGGUCACCUGUACAUCACGCCCAACUACUUCGCCUUCUACAGCAACGUCUUCGGGUACGUGACGAAGCUGCUGAUACCGACGACGUCGGUGCUGAAGAUCAGCAAGGAGAAGACCGCUCGGAUCAUACCGAACGCGGUGGCGGUCGCCACCGAGGAAGAGCGACAUGUCUUCUGCUCGUUGCUGUCGCGCGACUCGACCUACAAGCUGAUGAAGCAGGUCUGGGACGCGGCGAUGGAGCCGCGAGCCACCCCGGACGUCGACGUUCUGCCGGCGAUCGACAACGACGACGCCAAGCUGAUUGCGCCGGCCGCGCUUCUCGUCGACGACUCCGAGGUCAAUCCCGAGGAGGAUGAUCCCGAGUCGAGCAUGUCCGAGAGCGGGACCGACCUCACCGCGGCGACCACUUCCUCGAGAUCGCCGACCGUCUGCGCCGACACCACCGACGUUGCACCUGUGUCGCUCAGCAGGCCGAGUUUGCCGCCCGCCAGAUUGGAGGCAGCGGUAUUAACGAAGACACUGACGCCCAACAGGCCCGGCAGAUUCAGGUUUUUCUUUGGCAACGGAUUGAAACUGAGAUUCCGCAUAGUGAUAGCGAUACUCAUAGCUGUCCUGGCAAUUCUCUACGUAUCGGCGGUUCUAAUGAUGAUGCGCAUCGACAGGCUGCACACCGCUUACCUAAACCAUCCUUUCGUCUCGCCAGAACGUUUCACGCAGGAUCGACUAUUGCAUUACCUUAACACGAAUCUGGAUCAGAUUGUGAAGGUGCGGCAGAGUCUGCAGACACUAUCGCAGCAAUUCGUGACGAUGAGCCAGGGUGGUAGCGAGACAGGGCCGGCCGGUGGCGUGGUGGAACCGGAAGACGCACCGAGUUAGCCCACGACCGUGAGACUCGAUAUAAUUCACCUAAAAAACGGCACGAGGCGCCGUCGUUCCGUCGUCUCGUAAACGACGACGUCCACGUCGUUUUCGUUUUGUCUUCGUUAUCGCCGCGUUAAUUAUAGGCGACCGCGAGGACGAUCCUCCACCGCGAGAUUAUCUCGCGCGAUUGUCCUCCCCAAAACUAAACGUCGUUAUUGUCGUUUCUAGUAAAUAUACCUAGACUUCCCGAGGGAGUUUAGCGAGGCAGCCGUCUCUCGUAAAACGAGAGGAGACCUCGGGGAUCCAACCCCGAGCGCGAAACCGAUUUCGAGGGCGAACCUUGUGUAAGAGCGACCCUCGCGGCGAGGCGAGGCGAAUCCGAGGCGAGUUUGCAGAUUGCGUAGGCUGCUUCGACUACAGAUAUACAUGCGCGUGUCCACGCGUAUGUACACCACGUAUAUACAUAAAUAUACCUCAGAACACAGAAAGUGACGAGGAUAGGGUAAAUACGCGCGGCGAGUGAAGAGGAGUUUCCGCUCUUCUUCUUCUUCUUCUUCUUCUUUUUUUUUUCUUCUUUCUUUUAAACUAGUCACGUGUGUACCUAAGCCCCGGGGUACGGCAAAAGAAACAAAAUAAACAAAACGGUAUAUGUAUAUAUACAUAUAUAUAUAU